UCUCAUCGAGAAGUAGCCGAACAGAGACACGUUGGCAAAAUGCAGAUCUUCGUGAAAACACUCACUGGCAAGACCAUCACGCUCGAGGUCGAGCCCUCGGACACGAUCGAGAAUGUGAAGGCGAAGAUCCAGGACAAGGAAGGAAUUCCUCCGGAUCAACAGCGUCUGAUCUUUGCCGGCAAGCAGCUCGAAGAUGGUCGUACUCUGUCGGACUACAACAUCCAGAAGGAGUCGACCCUUCACCUUGUGCUGCGCCUCCGCGGUGGUAUUAUUGAGCCAUCUCUGCGCAUUUUGGCACAAAAGUACAACUGCGACAAGAUGAUUUGCCGCAAGUGUUACGCUCGUCUGCACCCGAGGGCAACUAACUGCCGCAAGAAGAAGUGUGGCCACACCAACAACCUGCGCCCGAAGAAGAAGCUGAAGUAAGCGGUACGUUUGCCUGGUUCACGUCCGGUCCGUGUGGCGGAAGUCACGCAGUUCUUGUUUAUCUGCGGAUGCUUGCAAAUCUUGUGCGUUGUCAGUCGUUUAAUAAAUUACUGGUAACAUAACGGG